UUUACAAGGCGGGAUAGCUUUAAAGUCUCUUGGAAAUUUGGAGAGGAAAAUGAGUGUCUGUCGAGACCGCAGAACGUUCAGCGAACGGAAAUAUUUCCCAGGAUCUCACUGCCGGGGAAGGAGUGACUGGGAGCGAUCCCCGUGGACCGGCCCGAUCGCACUCUCGGCCUCAGAUUGGUCGAGCCUGUCCGGGCUGCCGGAAAAAGCGGAAGCGCGCUCUUUCAAACUCGCCUUCCCGACUUCGAGAGACGCAGACUACUUCCGGCGUAGCCAUGGCGGCUAACGCUACCACCAACCCGUCGCAGCUUCUCCCUCUAGAGCUUGUGGACAAGUGUAUAGGAUCAAGGAUUCACAUUGUGAUGAAGAGUGAUAAGGAGAUUGUUGGCACACUUCUGGGAUUUGAUGACUUUGUCAAUAUGGUACUGGAAGAUGUCACUGAGUUUGAAAUCACACCAGAAGGAAGAAGAAUUACUAAAUUAGAUCAAAUUUUGCUAAAUGGAAAUAACAUAACAAUGCUGGUUCCUGGAGGAGAAGGACCUGAAGUAUGAAUGGAUUUCCUUGACUUAUGCUAGAUUCUGUUUUGUCUUAUGACAACAAAAUAGAAUUUUUAUUUUAACCUUUUAAUGUUUGUAUUCUGUGAAGCCAAGUUUUCCGUUAAAGGGAAAUGCUUUGAAGAUGCAUUGUAAAUGCCUGUUUUUGUAAGUUAAUCAUGAUUAUGUUGGAAAAAGAAGAACAGUUUGUUCUUUGAAGACAAAAAUAAAGGUGUUUUUGUUA